GGACCAAGAACAGAUCCUUGAGGCACUCCACGGGAAAAAGUGAUGGACCGAGAUUUGUGUUUAUCAAUGCUAAUGAACCGCUGCCUGUCUGAGAGAUAUGAGCUUAGCCACUGCAGGACAGUUCCUGUAAUGCCAAUCGCAGACAAACGAGACAGGAGUGCAGAAUAGCAAACAGUAUCAAAAGCUGCACUCGGGUCCAAGAGGACCAGAAGGCUGAGGACACUAGAAUCAGUGGCAAGAGCAGUCUCUUAGAAGAAGAGUCUCUAUACUGUGGAGAGGACGAAAUCCGGACUGAAAUGGUUCAUGCAGAUUAUUUUUGUCCAAAUGAGUCUGUAGUUGAGUGGAGACCAUCUUUUGUAGGAUCUUAGACACAAAGGGAAGGUUGGAAAUUGGUCUGAAUUUACUCAGGACUGUGUCAUUAAGUCCAGGUUUUUUAGUACUGGGGUGAUCACGGCUACUUUCAGUCCAGUAGGUACAUAACCAGUCAUAAGGGAUCUAUUUAUCAUGUGAGUGAUGGGUAUAAUGAGAGAAGGCAGAACGUUUUUGAGCAGGAAGAGUAGUUGGAGUUAAUAAUCAGCUGUUCAACCACAGAUGUAUUCGUGAGUGUGAAGUUAGAGAGUGGAUAGAGUAUCUGAGAGGCAUAGGGUUCUGGAGGAGCAAAGCAAGAAAAAGAUUGAUAGAUACUGUCAAUUUGUGUAUAAAAAAUGACAACGUUUUCACAGAGGCCAGAAGAACCAUUAGGAAAGGGAGAUGGUGGUUUGACAAGUUUGCUUGAUCUCAGAGAAUAGGGUCCUGGGUUUACACUUUGCUAUGUUAAUAAUAGUGGACGGGUAACUAGAGCGUAUUUUGUUCCUACAGUCAGCUGCUUGCAUUCGUUGCAUCUCUUGCUUUAAAUCAGUGUCAGACAGACGCACAUGUCAUUGAGUGUUUUGAUAGAAAAGCAAAUGUAUUUUUCAGGUGAAAAUUGACAGGAUGGCCAGAGCGUAUCAGCCGAAGCGAUAUUCUCUGUCUCUGCGGUCCUCGGUGAGUGUGGCUCAUCUGCUCGCCGCGCGACAGGACAUCUGCUAUAUGGUGAAGACCAGCAGCGGCUCGUGCCGAGAGAAAACCAGCUGUGCAAUAAACAGAAUCCUGAUGGGACGGGUUCCUGACCGCGGCGGACGGCCGUCUGAGAUUGAAGCUCCUCUGCCGGAGAUGCCCGCGUGGCAGAAGAGAGCUGAAGGAGGAGGCCGAGGAGGAGGAGCGGGAUACAGCGGGAAUCGGGGUGUGGGCGGCUGGCGCUCCGGAGGAGACGGAUGGAGAGCAGGCCGAUGGGGUAGAGGAGGCCGAGGAGGGCAGUACUAUCACUGACAGAGUCAUGGUGGACGGUUCGUGGGGAGACUGUCAUUUCCUUUCGGGGAAAUUCAUUUUAAAUGAGCCUGUAGUAGUUUGUUUCAUUUAGCUUUUUAACUUCUACAAGACCAGCCUGAGAGAUCACGAAGGCAUCAUGCAUUGCUUCAAAAGCCUGCUGAAAUCAAUAUAGAAUAAAGCAGUGAAAAAAUUGAAAUUUGACUUUUUUGUUUGGUUUUGUAUA